GCUCACUCAGUAGAAUCAGAGACAGCUGGAGACAAAAGUAAAAAAAAUAUAUAUAUAUAUAUAUUUAACAAUGAAGAGGAAUUGCAAAUUUUGGGAACUGCAGGAACUCGGGCUUGAGAAUGGGAAAGAUGAAGCUGGUUUGGAGAACUGAGGUUUUCAGGUCAGAUUCAGAUCAUUUAUGAAAUCCUUGAGGAAUGCGACUAAGCUGUGCCGUGAGCCAGUUAUUUUACACAACUCGAAUUGUGUCAAGGAAAGUUAACAGAAUACUUUGGAUUUGCAACCACUACAGGGUCCUGGGGUACCCUGGAAGGUACCAAGAAGUAAAAGCCUGCCUGAAAAAGUGUUCUUUGUUUAGUUUGUAUUUGCACAUCCACGAGUCGUGAAGUUAAGUACUGUGCUGGGUGAGUGAGGUACAAGUGCAUCCCUGCCCUGGGGAGGCUUACAGCCUGGUUGGACAGACAGAUGUGAAGAUGGGCAAAUAGGAGAUGUAAACAAUAGGGCUUCUUGGAGAGAGUGGUGUCUACACUGAUCUAAAGGACUGCAGAACCGUGCCCAGAGAAGUUGGAAGAACAUCAGAGUGAAAUCGAAGCCUCCGGGAGGCGGAAAGAUUAACUGUUGGGAGGACCGUUUAGUCUUCCUCUUAAUUGAUCUCUUGGCAGCAUUUGGCACUGUCACCAUCUUUCCUUCUGAAAUUUUUUCUCCCCAUGACUGAGUUUCUCUUCCUCUGCCUCUUGCUAAUUUCCUUCUCCUUUUCAGGGCUUUCAUCACCUGCCCCUUUGGUGGCCCUGGGAGUUCCAUCGUGGACCUCUUCUCACUCCACACAUACUGCCUUGCUCGUUGCGCCCUCUCCUAAGGUUUGAAGAACUCUGUAUGACGAUGGCCAGAUCUCUGCAGCCCAGAUUUCUCUCUGAGGCUUAGACUCAUGUGCCCCCACCCCUGCUCCUUCUCUCAUUUUGGAGUGUGUGCCCAUGCGAUUCACUCUGCUUGGAAUGUUCCCUCCCUGGCCACCUCAGCUCAUCUGUCUGAGCCCUCCAUGCUGCUGCUGUAGCAAGGAUCUUUUUCUGUAAGCCCUCACUGUUGGAGCAAGCUCCGGUUUCCAGUCAGAUGCCUCUCCCAUAUGCCCCCCCCAACCCUUCUUAACCCUUCUCACACCACAGUCUGCUUCUCUGCCUCUCUCUCCCAGGAAGCUGUAAACUCCUUGAGGUCAGAGACUAUCUGCCCCAUCGUGCCCAGGAUCUACUGUAGUGUCUGAUGGUACCUGGCAUCUAUUAGGUCUUCAAUAAAUUUUAGUUGAGUAAAUAAAAGAAGGAAUGACUAAUAGUGUUUAUUGUUGCUGAGAAGUCAACUAAGAGAAGUACUAAAGAAUACUGGCAUUGGGCACCAGGAGGUCGUCUAACGCCACAUGAUUCAUGUCAGCCCAGGGCAAUCAGAAAUGGAAUGGAACACCUGGGAGGUGAAAGAAUAGGAACAGCCAGAGCUUUGAAAAGUGUCGCUGUGAGGUGGGAAAUGGGGAGUGCUUAAGUGGAAUAGGGUGAGGUUCUGUGUUUCUGCUGUUUCUAAAUGGGGGACAGUACCUGAACACAUUUGAAGUUUCCUGGGCAGGAGCUGUCAAGAGGGAGGGUUGGAGAAACAGUGGAGAAGGGGGUACUGGUAGCAUGAGGCUCCAGAGAAAGCAGAAGGACACGGGCGUUGACCCGGAGCACAGUGAGGCAACGGGGGGAUUGCCAAGUGUUCUCAGGAAGAGAAGUGGAGGGCCUUCCAGGUGGAAGGAUCAACAGGAGGGGUGGAGAGAACAGUACUUAAGGACUGACUGUUAGAUGGUGGGGUGAAGCCACUGGCCCAGUACUUCAGCCCGCGCAGGGCCUUAAAUGCCCCAUUCACAAGUGGGGGCACAGUCCCAGAGGCAGUGGGGGAGCCCAUCCUUGCUGUUCCCCAUCUUACCGACCAUCACCUUGGCCAGCAUUCCCCAGAUGGGGAUCACCAGCAAUGUCCCAGGACGGGAGCAUUUCCGGCCUCUGGGAGAUGCGCAGACAGGGCCUGGUUUGACUCCCCGCAUGGCCACUUUCCUGCUCGGAACUGAGGACAAUGGUAAGUGAUGGUUCCCCUCCUUCUCCCAGAGCCCAGAUGCCCGUCCAGCCUCCGAGCAAAGACACAGAAGAGAUGGAAGCAGAGGGCGAUUCGGCUGCCGAGAUGAAUGGGGAGGAGGAAGAGAGUGAGGAGGAGCGGAGCGGCAGCCAGACUGAGUCGGAGGAGGAGAGCUCGGAGAUGGAUGAGGAGGACUACGAGCGGCGUCGCAGCGAGUGCGUCAGCGAGAUGCUGGACCUGGAGAAGCAGUUCUCGGAGCUAAAGGAGAAGUUGUUCAGGGAACGGCUGAGUCAGCUGAGGGUGCGGCUGGAGGAAGUGGGGGCCGAGAGGGCACCUGAGUACACAGAGCCUCUGGGGGGGCUGCAGCGGAGCCUCAAGAUCCGCAUUCAGGUGGCAGGUCUGUGGGCUGUCCUGUGCUCUGGGGCAGCCCCCAGGCCACCUCCCUCUUCGUCUGCCAGAGCCCCUGGCUCUCUGCUCCCUGCUUUUCUCAUCCCUCCCCUGACCGGCCCUGCUCCUGGCUCCCCCUUUUGGACACCCGGGUCCCUAGCCAAGCAGGGCUUCCCAUCUCUCCUCCUCCCCCCCAUCACUGUAGGAAUCUACAAGGGCUUCUGUCUGGACGUGAUCCGGAACAAGUACGAGUGUGAGCUGCAGGGAGCCAAACAGCACCUGGAGAGUGAGAAGCUGCUGCUCUACGACACCCUGCAGGGGGAGCUGCAGGAGCGGAUCCAGAGGCUGGAGGAGGACCGCCAGAGCCUGGACAUCAGCUCUGAGUGGUGGGAUGACAAACUGCACGCCAGAAGCAGCGCAAAGACCUGGGACUCCCUGCCAGCCAGCAAGAGGAAGAAGGCCCCUCUCGUUUCUGGUCCUUACAUCGUGUACAUGCUGCAGGAGAUCGACAUCCUGGAGGACUGGACGGCUAUCAAAAAGGCCAGGGCAGCUGUGUCCCCUCAGAAGAGAAAAGCAGAUGGACCAUGACCGUGCUGUUCAGAGCCAAGGGGCCCCUCGGGGCAGCUGUCAGCAAAGCCAGGACUCGCAUUUUCCUGCUGUGGGAAGGCAGACUGACAAGCCCCUCGGGGUCUGUCCAGCCAGCUCCCCGGUGCUGCUGCUGGACCUUCCCCUCCAGCCAUUGCUGGUCCGGACCCCUCUGCCCUCCUCGGGGGCCUGCACAGCUGUGGCCCAGAGCUGCCCUAGCCAGGCAAGACUGUCUCCUCCGUCCCUAGUGAGCGCACCACCUCCCCCUCCCAAAGGGCAGCCUCCUUGGUGCCCUCCUAGACAAAGAAGAUGUGGCUCGUCUUAAGCCAAAGCAACAUCCUUCCUGCUGACCGUGUACCAGUUGCUGAGCCAGUGAGCUGGGCCCCACUCUGUGGGAACUCUGAGCCAGACAUUAUAUUUUGGGGGCCUGUCUCUCCUGGCUUUUGUUGGAGGUGAGAAGGCAGGCUCCCCGGGUCUUCUCAAGGAGGUUCUUGGUGUCUCCCAGAUUGCAGGGACUGGAAUUAAAAUCUCUCCUGGGACUCCGG